ACCACCCAGGUAGCCCCCCAUCCACCGCCCAGGUAGCCACCGCCCAGGUAGCCCCCCCACCGCCCAAGUUGAGGUCAGAAAUGUUUGCAAGGCUCUCCGAUUCCGGGUUGUUUUCCCUGAUUCCUCACCAUUACAGGAGGCGGUGAAUUAUUGUAACGCCGAUCAUUGUAUUUGUGGGGGCCGGCGUCCCCCACCGCUUUGGCCGGGCAGGUGGGGCGUGAUGUCCGCCCCCUCCAUGCCCUCCUCCACUCCCUCCUCCACCGCGUCGAUCGGCCCCCGCCGGGUUCCCGCCGACCGGGUGCUCGGCCCCCCCGCGUUAGCGCCCCCUCUCAGGGACAUCGCUAAAUUGCUGGCUCACCGCACCGGGUUACUCCACACGCGUCCGUACACCAACGUUAACACUACAGCGGUGGCGAGCACGCGCACGCCCUUGCCGGCGAUCAGACUCUAAUAUGCGUCCGCACAAAGACUUAGCGUUAAACGGCUGCGCGAAUACGCGCGCCGGCGGGUGGUUAUUCGCUACCCCGCACCCGCGCUAAGACUCGCUCUAAAGCGGCUGCGCGAACACGCACACUUGAAUCACAAACACUGCGCUGAAGCUCUGUGCUAAUGUCUUUAUUUGCAGGGCAAAAACUCUGCACUGCCUGGAGGAAAUAUUCUACGAACAGAGCCUAUCCUAUCACUAUCCAAUUCCCCAGAUACUCACGCGCCCUGUUACGUACCUCGCAGCCAUUCUCACGGCGUCGCACGGAUGCGGAGAGAGGCGGAGGGACGGAGAUGGAGGGAGAACCUUGCUAUCGCUGUCUCGUGGCGGCACUCGCUGGCGUCUCAUGGACGCUGCGAGCGGCUCGAAGAGGCAGGCUGGCAAUGAGUCGAUCUGGGUCACCAAGCGGCUGGAGACCAGAACUCCCUUAACCGUUUUCGGCUCCCCUUUUUAUGCCCUGUGAUGUCGAAAAUCUAGGGUUACAUUAUGUUAUCCUGCGCAGCCAAUCAUGCGCCUAUCUUGAUCUUCAAACGCUUCUCUGCUCUUACCUGGAGCAUUACGCUUAGCAAUUUUUCGGCCCAUUAUCUCUGCGCCCGUAUUCAUUAACCCCUGACGCAGCCGGUUUAAUCUGGGAGGCCGCCCUGCUGGCGAAUACACACCCGCGAGUGUGCCCUAGGAUUUCCCCCUGACCUCAUCGUCUGCGCUGCUCGCUUAAUAUUUCACCCUGGCCCCUCCCCGGUGCUGUGAGUGACUCAUUGCGCCCAUACAAUUUUAAGCCAAUUUAGGGGGGGCCGCAAUGUGAUUUGUCCUGGAGGAUCGGCCAAUCUUCUGGCACCGGGAAACCGCGGGACUUCCCACCUAGGGGCCCUUCGGAUGAAAACCCGUGGUGCCAGGCGAUCCUCCGCUGGGAUACUAUGUGUAUGUGUGCGUGGCGUCUGUGCGUUCAGGGCGGGGUAGGGGGGGAAUCGUGGCGCCUCGGAGUGGCUCCGCGGUCGUGGCACCACAUAUUCCUGUGUUGUGUGGUUGACUGCUUCGUCUGUACAGGACUGAAGCGCUCCAUUUAGCUGGGUAGCUCUUGUGUUGUUGCAGUGGAUGAGGACCAUCGAUGAAGAGCAUGGAGAAUUCAGCAGCAGCUUCAAGGAGCUAUUGGCUCUUCAAUGCCGCCUAGAGAUUGGAACAUAACUUAAUACAAGUAUGUGAGUUAAGCUGAAAUGUACAAACCGUGAACUACUAAGCUAUAAUAUACAUUUUUAACAUUACUCUUUUAACGAACGGCCAAAGCGUGACAUCUAAUGCAGCUAAACUCGUGCUAAGCGACACGUGGCGUGUGCCAUGGAAUGUUUUUUUACUCGUCGGCAAAACAGGAAAUCGCCCGGUUAAUAAGUGCAAGUGAGAACCCUCGAUAUAUAUGAAAGUACAAGCUGUUGAGUGAUACAAGCUGUCAGUCGAGAAGGUAGCACACCGCCCAGAUACUGAACGUCAAAGCGCGCGCGCCUCCCAGCGUCUCUCUGCAGUGAAGAAUUCCUGCCGAGUUUCUUCUACAAGAGCUGAAAGUCAUGAAGCUGAAGCAGCGCGUGGCUUUGCUGGCCAUUCUGCUGGUGGCCUUUAUCCUCACGAAGCUUUUCAUACUGGAGAGCUCCGAUCCCUCUGCCGACUUCCCCUGGGCCAACCCUCAAGACCUGCAAAGCUUCCGCCGCUUUCUGCAGAGAGGGGCGGCUGUGGACAUGCACGCCACCCUGCCCAGCCCGCUGCACUCGCCAUGGGAGGUGGCCUCACAAUGGGUGCUUCCCAGGGAAGUCUAUCCAGAGCUGGUUCCAGAGUUGGGAGCCGUACUUCGUGCCAUGUCGACGCAGCGCAUCGUGAAAGCCGACAUCGGCUAUAGGGGAACGCAGCUGAAGGCUUUGUUUUUGCUUGAGGGAGGGCAGAAGGUGGUCUUUAAACCCAAGCGGUACAGCCGGGACUAUAUUGUGGAAGGAGAACCGUAUGCAGGCUAUGACCGGCACAACGCUGAAGUGGCAGCGUUUCACCUGGACAGGAUCUUAGGGUUCCGCCGUGCGCCACUCGUCGUGGGCCGCCACGUGAACCUGCACUCCGAGCUGAGGGCCGUGGCCACCGAGCAGCUGCUCGCCACCUUCCUGGCGCAAGGAAACAACACGUGCUUCUACGGGAAGUGCUAUUACUGCCGCGAGUCGGAGCCGGCGUGUGCUGAUGGUGAGCUGAUGGAAGGCUCGGUGACAUUGUGGCUGCCCGAGUCCUGGCCCCUGCAGAAGCACCGCCACCCGUGGGGGCGCACCUACCGGGAAGGCAAACUGGCCAGGUGGGAGUACGACAACAACUACUGCGAGGCGGUGAAGAAGACGCCCCCGUACGACACGGGCCCUCGGCUCCUGGAUGUGGUGGACACCGCCAUCUUCGACUUCCUCAUGGGGAACGCGGACAGGCACCACUAUGAGAGCUUCCAGGAUGAUGGCGGUGCCAGCAUGGUCAUCUUACUGGACAAUGCCAAGAGAGUGCGGCUGUCGACGUGGAACCGGCUGAACCUGCUGAGAAAGGGCCUGCUGGGAACCCUCAUGGCAAAGGUGCUGGCCGAGGACCCCAUUGCCCCCGUGCUGCACGAGGCCCACCUGCACGCCAUGGAUCGCCGGCUGCUGCUGGUGCUGGAGACUGUGCAGCAGUGCAUGGACUCAGGGAACUCCGAUGCCGUGCUGCUGGAAGACCGCAUGUUGUUCUCGCAGUAGCGCCCCACCGCCCGCCUGCUCGCUGCGACAUGCAUAUGUGGUGCGACCGCGAUCCGGGAGUGACGGCCGACGAGUGAUGCGGACUCGCAUCUCAACUCGAGUGUAAGGUUUUGGGGCAAACGUCUAACUUGAACACCGCCAGCCGAUAUCAGGGGACGCUUGUUGAAUGAUCGCAUGUGACAAGAUACGUUUAUUGAUAAUUGCGUGUGUUCCAGUGAAAAAAACACGCAAGUGGCUUUGUUGCAUCUACAAAGGGGAAUGGCAUUAUUGAAAACUCUGCUUUAAGGUUGAAGAGGACCAUAGAUUGUACUGACGACAAUCUUUUUGUGUAACCAUUCCCACAACGUUAAUACAAUAACGUCGAGAUUUCUAGCAGAAGUGCAUAUGUAAUGGAGCUAGCUGACAUCCACCAUUUAAACAGAAGUUCAAGUUCACAAGGUCAUGGAAUGCUCAGAUUUAAACCAUGUUUUGAAAAAGUAGACACGAGGUAAUAAAACGCAGUAGAUAUUAAUUCCACCUUUGAGGAUGCAGGAGAAUAGCUCGCUGCCAGUAUUAAAAUCAUCAUGGGCUGCUCAAGGCAGCUUGUCCCGCCCCAUAAAAAGGAUUACACACGUGGGAGCUUUAUGUAUAAACCAGGUGUAAAAAUCUUUCAGAUAUUUAAACGUCUUUAUUUAACAAGAACUCCGUUACAAAACUGUGCACGACUGAUAUUCCCCCACUUUCGUACACACUCGCGUUUAAAAACAGGAAGUAGUUAACCAUUUCCUCGAUACAAAUUCGAAUUUAUCUGUAUUGUGAUGUGCCUUCUAUGGUAAAUACAGUACCUAAAAUGAUCAAUCGGAAUGUGAACAAGUGUGACUCACACCACUUACGCCGAGGUAUUUGUUCGUAUGGCAAGAUUUUAUCUUGGCACCUUGGAAAGAUGUUAUGAUUAACAUUGCCCUUUGUUUACCCAGGAACGACUGAGUGAGCCAGUUUUUAAGACUCAGGAAGUUCCUUAUUUGGCAUAUGGGAGGAAGACAAAUUAUCUGGAGUAAACCCACACAUACGAGGGGAUAAAACUCAAAGCUUCACACAGAUGGAUUCAGUCUACUUGAUGUACUGCUAUCUCCUGGCCACCUCGCAGCCCAGUAGCCUUGGGGAGCCUGGCAAAUUUUGUGUGAUCCACUCCUGCCUCCCCUCCAAAAUGCCGGAUUUCAAGCUCGCACUAUCGCAUCCGGCUAGUUUGUAAUUGAUUGUGCUUGUAAUAAGAGAGACAGCACCUAUUGCAUUCUCUGGUUAAAUAAUUGAAACCACAAAAUCAUCACUACAACGACAGGAAAUUUGAGUUGGCCUGUAAAGGGAAUUAAGUGCCCUGCUUAAUUCCACUUUGGUGGAAGUGUACGUAUAAUGCUGUAUGGAUUAUGCUUUAUUUAUAAUGCUCUACAUUAAUUUCUCGCCAAUCGCGGGGGUUAGGUUCUUAAAAAUCCCCAUGGUUGAUAAAACCGUGGUUGACAAGGCUAAAGGCUUAUGGAAAAUAGAGGGUUACGUUCCGCGGCCACGGUUAACACUCAUCGAAGCCUAACUAUGCAUCCGAUGCAUUCAGUCAACGUGGAAAAUAUAUAUUAUACUGUAUGAACAAAAUAACUUUAAUAAUAGUGAACAAAAAUACUUUUAAUUACCUUUAAUAUUGAUACUGUAGUGAAGUCCAGAUAUCAACGACAAUGACGAUGAUGAUGUUAGUGGAGGAGGGGGUUAUAGGGAUGCGGGACUGUUCCCCUCCUCAGAACUUGUUUAUAUAAAGACAAACCACUUGCCUUGCCCUCUUCACAUUACGCUUCACCGCUUCACCUUCACCAGCUCGACACUUAGGGGCCAUGAUUAAGGUAAAAAAAAUAGUGGCAUUGACAGUAAGUAUGGUAGACUUUCAUGAAGCAUAAAUGACAGCACUGCUACGCUUGAAGAUACUGCUGCACAACACUGAACGAGGCAGGCAAGCACUGUAUGCGGGCAAAAGUGGUGGGUACACGCGCUUUACGUGCCACUGGUGGUGGAUUGCUUGAAUACGGCUGGAGAUUUGAAAUUGUGGGUAGCGGAAAACCAAACCGUGGUUAAGCAAAACUGUAUACUGUGGUUGGCAAAACAGUAUACGGAAUAUGUGUGGAUACUCGAAAUCGCGGUUGGCAAAACCGUUGUCAAGGGAUUGCUGUACCUAUAACGCUUUACCGUCGUAAUUUGUCCAUCAAAACAUGGGUAGUCUGAGUGCCACAGAUCUUGUGCCAUAGCUUGCCAAUACAUGGUGAGGACUUUUUAACAACGUACAAAGUCGAUUACGUAAUGCACUUUAUGCUUUGAAGUGCAGAGUUUAUUUUUGCCGAUGCUGCAAAAUGAUUGCAGUGUCACAUACGGUACUCGUGUACUUGUUGAAGUGUAGAUAUCUAGGGAAUGCAAAUGCAUGUUUAAAUACUGUACAUAUUCCAGCUAGGUUUUGUGCCAUUCAGAGUUUUUUUCUGCGUUGGAAUCGCGUUUUACUUCUUACAGUGUGGUUCGAGUAAAUUUCAGAUUUCCGUUGGAACUUUUUUGUAUGGGAAAAAAAAUAUCUGAUUGGGUAUCUUUCAAUUGUGCCGAUGAGCAGUGUAUUUGGAGCGUUUUUUUCCAUGGUGGUAUUUUUUAAUUGACGGCUGUAUAUUGCAUUAGACGAUUUAAAACACGUUGCUCGAACAAGGUCAAAA